GUCAUGGCGGCGCCCUUGCAGCAGAAAUGACGUCUGACUUCAGAUUUUAUUUGCUUAAGUUAUUUUUCUCACCUGUGCUGUCAGAGUGGCUGGACCGAAUAAAUUCUUCGAGCACUGAAUCUUCUCGUUUUUAAUAAUCUGCAAUGAAGCGCAUGGCAACCUUAAUUGGAAGGACGUCAUUGUCAUGUUGGCAUCAUGGGGGUCCACAAUUGUCCCCUGUUUCUGCUUGGACCAAUAAACCUCCAUACACCUGCUCACAGAUCCGACAUCUUGCUUCAAAACAGGAUAAGGCUCGUUUCAAAGGUGAGAAGCUCAAAUCACAGCUGGAGAAACAGCAGAAGCAGGAGGUGGAGAUCAAGCAGAGGAUGAGCGUGUCUGAACUCGCCAGCGCCAUGAAGAGAGACAUUGAUCACAUCUAUGAGGCCCUGCUGAACACAGAGGUGGAUCUGGAUGAGUUGGAGCCCGACACAAUGCUGGAGGAGAAAUGGAUUAAAGAGGCAGUCAAGAGGUCAGGGAUGAAAUACAGAUGGGCAAAGCUGGUGGAAACCAAAGUCAGAGAAAACAAAGAUAUCCAGAGACAACCUCCUCCAGAUCCGGCUCAGUUGGUCACUCGGGCUCCAGUGGUGACCAUCAUGGGCCAUAUAGACCAUGGAAAGACCACCCUGCUGGACAGUCUGAGGAAGAGCCAGAUUGUGGCACAGGAGGCUGGCGGCAUCACACAACACAUCGGAGCCUUUCGGGUGGAGCUACCUUCCGGUGAGAAGAUCACCUUUCUGGACACACCUGGCCAUGCAGCGUUUUCUGCCAUGCGAGCGCGAGGAACAAUGAUCACAGAUAUCGUCAUCCUGGUGGUCGCAGCUGAUGAUGGUGUGAUGAAACAGACCAUUGAGUCCAUAGAGCUCGCCAAAAAAGCCAAAGUGCCCAUCAUCGUCGCUGUCAAUAAGUGUGAUAAACCUCAGGCUGAUCCUCAGCGUGUGAAACAGGAGCUUGCGGGUCAUGAUGUCAUCUGUGAAGACCUUGGUGGAGAAAUACAGGCCAUCCAUGUGUCUGCAUUAAAGGGGGACAAUUUAUUGGAGCUGGCUGAAGCCACAGUGACGCUGGCAGAGGUUUUGGAGCUGAAAGGUGACCCCACAGGACUGGUAGAAGGAUCAGUUAUCGAGAGCCGGACGGACAAAGGCAAAGGACCCGUCACCACCGCCAUCAUUCAGCGAGGCACUCUGAGGAAGGGCUGUACUCUGGUGGCAGGAAAGUGCUGGGCGAAGGUGCGCUUCAUGUUUGAUGAGAACAACCAGGCAGUGAAAGAAGCCGGACCCAGCAUCGCUGUGGAGAUCGUGGGCUGGAAAGAUCUGCCCUCUGCUGGAGAGGAGAUCCUGGAGGUGGAAUCAGAGCAAAGGGCGCGUGAGGUGGUGGAGUGGCGGAGCUACAUGGAGGAGCAGGACAAGCUGAAAGAUGAGCAGCAGGUGAUUGAAGCCAAGCAGAAACAGCAUCAUGACACUUAUAAGAAGGAGAGGGAGAGCCUGGCUCAUCUCAGCUGGAGACAGAGGAGAGCAGCGUUGUACAAGGCCAACAAACACAAAGGCAUCCACAGACCCAGUGAGAGAACCGAAAACGAGGAGCUCACGAUGCCCAUCAUCAUUAAAGGUGAUGUCGACGGCUCAGUUGAGGCUCUUUUGAACAUCCUGGAAAGCUACGAUGCCGAUGACCAGUGUCUGUUGGACGUGGUACAUUUUGGUGUCGGUGACAUCUCUGAAAAAGACAUUAACCUGGCAGAGACGUUCUCAGGCAUCAUAUAUGGGUUCAAUGUCUCGGCACACAAAUCGAUUCAGCAGCUGGCGGAAAAGAAGGGCAUUUCUCUAAGAUUACACAGAGUCAUCUACAAACUCUUAGAUGAGCUCAAAGAAGACCUGAGCAGCAAACUUCCUCCAACCACAGAGGAAAAUAUACUUGGCGAGGCUUCGGUUCUGGCAACAUUCACUGUGACGGUUGGGAAAAAGAAGCUCGCAGUGGCUGGAUGCAGAGUUCAGAAGGGCCAACUGGACAAAAAGAUGAAAUUCAGACUUAUUCGAGGACGAGAUAUGAUCUGGGAUGGAUCUGUUACGACACUGAAACAUCUGAAGGAUGAUGUUCUGACAGUAAAGACGGGCAUGGAGUGUGGCCUUUCUCUAGAUAAUGAAGAUCUAGAAUACAAACCCGGGGAUGCAAUUGUUUGUUACAGUGAAUCUGAGGUGAAACAGAAAAUAUCCUGGGAUCCAGGAUUUUAAAAAACUGCAACUGGCACAUUGGUAUACUAUAUUAACCAGUAUACAUACCUGAGGAAUAGCUAUAACAAAUUUUCUUAAGAGCAAACCAACAUAAGAGUAUAGCCAUGACAUUUGAUUUUCUUUAUUUUGAUUCUCCAUUUUAGGACUGAACUUCAGUUAAAUUGUACAUAAUGUAUGUCAUAAUGUAAAUAAAAAAUGAGAAGACAA